AUGGAACCAAAAAUGACCGGAGAUGAAAUUGUGAUAUCUGGCAUAGCUGGAAGAUUUCCGAACAGUGAUAACAUCAAAGAAUUGCAGAAGAAGCUUUUGAAUAAAAUAGAUUGUAUUGAUGAAAGAAAUGAUCGUUGGGAGAAUGAAUAUCCUGAUAUUCCAAAGCGAAUCGGGACAUUAAAUAAUCUUGACAGUUUGGAUAGUGUCUUUUUUGGUAUUCAUGGAAAAAUGGAGGAUUGUAUGGAUCCAAUGUUAAAGAUAUUAAUUGAAACAACAUAUGAAGCAAUUACUGAUGCUGGAAUUAAUCCAAGGAAUUUAAGAGGAACAAAAACGGCUGUUUUCACUGGGAGCAUGACUUCAGAGUCAGAGAAAUCUGUCACCGGCAAGAAAUUUUGGAAAAAUAAGUACAGUUUAUAUGGUAUCAGUCGUGCUAUGUUACCAAAUCGACUUUCAUUUUUGUACGAUCUUACUGGACCAAGUAUUAAUAUUGAUGCUGACUCCUGUGGAGGUUCUAGUGCGUUACUCGAAGGCUUUAUGGCAAUUAAAGAUGGAAGAGUUGAAAAUGCUAUUAUUGGGGCCAGCAACGUUUUAUUAUAUCCAGAAAUAUCUAAACAAUUACUUUUCUUAGAACUCUUGUCGCCCGAUGGAAAAAACAAAUCAUUUGACAAUUCAGCUGAUGGUGUAACUCGCAGUGAAUCAACAGUUGUUCUAUUGCUUCAAAAAGCUUGUAAUGCAAAGCGCAUUUAUGCUGAAGUAAAAAGUGCGAGUGUUUGUUUUGGAAAUCUCACAAGCGAUAAAUUACAUUUUUAUCCUGAUCAUGAUUUUCAAUCACAUCUGAUGAGAAGAACUUUAAAAGAAUGUGGUAUUCUUGGUAAAGAUAUAUCAUUUGUUGAAGCUACAGGUUUAGCGUUGAAGAAUAUUGAUGCUGAAGAAGUAACAGCAAUAGAUGAAGUUUACAAUGAAGGACGAGAAACGCCUCUUUUAAUUGGAUCCGUCAAAUCUAAUCUUGGAUACUGUGCAGCAACAAGCCCACUUAAUGGAGUUAUUAAGGUUAUCACAGCAAUGGAAUCGGGUUACAUACCACCAAAUCUUCAUUUUAACGAACCAUCGAACAAAAUUUCUGCACUUAAGCAAAACCGAUGCCAAGUUGUAACGGAAUUAACUCCUUGGACUGGUGACUACGCAGUCGUUAAUGCUCUAUCACUUGAAGGACCCAGUGGAAAUAUUAUAUUAAAAAGUUUUAAAAAGGAAAAGAAGAAUGAAGGAAAACCAGACGACAAUCUUCCAAGAUUAAUUAUAUGUUCUGCACGUACAGAAGAAUGUGUUAAUUUUCUUCUAAGCGAGUUAGAAAGCCGACCAGUCGAUGCAGAAAUGAUUCAGCUUUUAUACGAUGUAUUUGAAACUGAAAUAACAGCGCAUUUAUAUCGAGGAUUUACAGUACUUCCUCCUGAAGGAUUGGUAGAAAAUAAGUCACGAGAGAUUCAAUUUAAUACCGGAACGAACAGGGAAAUUUGGUAUAUGUUUUCCGGCAUGGGUUCUCAAUGGGUGGGAAUGGGUGAAGCUCUUUUGAAAAUACCCGUUUUUGCGGAAGCAAUAAACAAAUGCGAUCGUGUUUUAAAACCAAGAGGCAUAGAUAUUGUGGGCAUUAUUACAGAAAAUGAUCCAAAGAUGUUUGAUAACAUUGUCAAUUCAUUUGUUGGAAUUGCUGCUAUUCAAAUUGGUCUAGUAGAUGUCUUAGACUCAGUGGGAGUGAAACCUGAUUUUUUAAUUGGACACUCAGUUGGUGAAUUGGGAUGUGCUUAUGCUGAUGGGUGUUUUACAGCAGAACAGAUGGUUCUUGCUGCAUUAAGCAGAGGAUUGGCAUCAGUGGAAGCGGAAAUGCCAAGAGGUUCUAUGGCAGCAGUUGGUCUUGGUUAUGAAGAAAUAAAGAAUCUCUGUCCACCUGAUAUUGAUGUAGCAUGCCACAACAGUUCAAGCAGUUCCACUAUCAGUGGUCCUGAAGAAUCUAUGAAAACAUUCAUAGCAAAUCUAAUAGAAAAUAAAAUUUUUGCUAAAGAGGUGGCUUGUAGUAAUAUUGCCUACCACAGCCGAUAUAUUUCUCCAGCUGGCGAAAAGUUAAAAAAAUACCUACAAGAAAUAGUUCCGAACCCUAAACCUAGAAGUGAUCGUUGGAUAAGUAGUUCGGUGCCACGUAACGAAUGGAAAACAGCUAGAGCACGACUGUCAUCUGCAGCAUAUCACACGAACAACCUUCUAAAUCCUGUCUUGUUCGCUGAAAGUACAAAGCUUAUUCCAUCAAGUGCGAUCGUUAUUGAAAUAGCCCCUCACGGACUACUUCAGGCGAUCGUCAAGAAAUCAUUACCAAAAAAUGUUCUCAAUAUACCCUUAACUAGAAGAGGUCAUCUUGAUGGUGUAUUCUUUCUGUUAGAAGGUUUAGGAAAAAUUUACAACACUGGCAGGAAUAUUAAAGUGUCCAAUCUAUAUCCUAGAAUUAGCUAUCCUGUAUCACGUGGAACACCUUCAAUUUCAUCACUAAUUAAAUGGGAUCACUCAAAAAAAUGGUUCACCAGUAAAGUUGACAAAGCGAAGGAAGUAAAAGAGGGAGAGAUUAAAUUCACCAUUGAUUUAAAUAAUGAUACAUGGGAUUUUUUAAAACAUGCCAAAUUUGAAAGCAAAAUUGUUAUUCCACUAUCUCUUUAUUUAAAACUAGUUUCAGAUAUUAUAAGAAGUUUUCAAGAUAAUACUGAAUUCUCAAUAGUGUACAAAAAUGUGGAAGUUCAUAAGCAACAAGUGGAGAUUUCUGUUGAUAAUAAUAUCGAAUUGGUAAUAAUGGUUCAAAAAGGCACUGGUUUCUUUGAAGUAACAAGUAUGGAAACUUUAUUAUGCUCCGGAAUGGUGAAUAUAAAUGACGACCCUAAUCAGAAUUCCAUUGAUGUUUAUAAAGAACACGAGACUAUAGAUCAAUAUGUAAACGAAAGUCAAGUCUAUAGUGAAUUACAGAGACGGGGCUUCCAAUAUUCUGUCCCAUUCACAACUAUUCAAAAAUCGUCAAUUGAUGGUAAUAGCGGAUAUUUAGUCUGGAAAGAUAAUUGGACUACAUUUUUAGAUGGAAUGAUUCAAAUGUAUAUCCUUGGAAACGACACGAGAACUGCACAAGUUCCGAUAAAAAUUAAAAACAUCUUUAUUGACAUGAAGCAUCAAGAAGAAAUUACUAACAAAUCAAUAGAAAUACCGGUAACAAUCCAUAGACGGUUAGGAAAUAUUAGCGCAGGAGGGGUGAAAAUGAUAGGGGUCGUUCUUGAAUCUAUUCUCAAUGAAUCUGGGCGACAGAACAUUGUAGCUGAAGAAAUUUUACCUAAUUCAAUUUUAGGAGCAUUUGAACAUAUACCACUAUCCUGCAAUCUUCAAAAAGUGUCGAAUUGGAAAGCAAAGCAGCUAAAAUCUUUGGAUUUAAAUUCAAUUUCAUGGAUUGAGGACUUACCAACAAAAGCUGUAAACAAAAUCAAAGUCGAAUACGCUUCUAUUAAUCAAGGAGAUAUUUUGUUAGCAAAAACUAAUAAAUCAUUAGAAGAACCUCGAAGUAAUAGACUCGAUAUCAAAUCAUUUGGGCAAGAAUAUUCUGGAACUAAUUUACAAGAAAACAGAGUAAUGGGAAUUGUUAAAAAUUCUGCCCUAUCAAAUUACAUAACACCUGAUGAAGACUUCACAUGGAAAAUACCUGAGAAUUGGUCCUUGGAAGAUGCUGUGACUGUACCUUUAGCAUAUGCAAAUGCAUAUUUAGCUUUGAUGAUAAAGGGACAACUUGAAGUUAAUCAAUCUGUUUUUGUGUAUGAUGGUUCAUGUUCUAUUGGACAAGCUAUAAUUAAUCUAGCUUUGAAUUUAACUUCACAAAUAUUCGUUCGUUUGUCCAAUGAUGACGAGAAAUGUAAUAUGAAAAUAAACUUUUCCAAUAUUCCAGAAAGUCAUUUUAUAAAUUCAUCAAUAAGCUUCGCUGAUCAAAUAUUGGAAAAGACAAAGGGAAAAGGAGCAGACUUAAUAAUAUAUAAUGGAGAUGAUUUAAGUAAAAUAGAAAGUUGCAUGAUGUCUGUGAAAAACUGUGGAAAGGUCGUUAUUAUAGGAAAUAUGAAUGCAACACUUCAUAGAAUAGUAGGAUUGCAAAUUUUCCGCACAGGAAUUGCUUUAUCUGCAAUAAUUCCAAGUCAUAUAUCAAAUCUCGAUAAUGCCACGAAGAAAAUAAUAUCUCAAAUGAUUUUAAAUGGAAUAUCAUGGAAACUUAUCAAACCAUUACAUAGAUGUGUCUACUCCAGAGAAAUGGUGAAAGAUGCUUUUAUUCAUGGAGCUUCUAACAAUGCUUCUGGAAAAGUCGUUGUCAAAAUACAACCAGAAGAUGGAAGUAAUAAAGCUCUUUCAAUACCUCGUUUCUUGUGCAAAAGCGAAGCCUCCUACUUAAUUAUUGAUGGGCUGGGUGACAUUGGACUGGAACUAAUCGACUUUCUAGUAGUUAGAGGUGCCAGAAGUAUCGUCAUAGCUUCCGAAUCAAAAAAUGACAGAGCUUUUAUUAAUCACCAGAUAAGUUUGUGGAGAAGUUACGGAGUUUUAAUUUCAGUUCGUGAAGAACUGGAUCUUACACAUUGUGAAAAUGGAAAUGCUCUUCUUGAGGAAGUUGGCACGUUUGGCACAGUGGAUGCAAUUUUCGACCUUCAGCGCCUUAACAAUUCAUCAAAAAGAUCAUCUAAUUCAAAAUAUUUGUUCACCAAACACCUCUUUGAAGAAUCUAAGCAAAUGUGCCCUAAUUUACGCCAAUUUGUUGUCUUUUCAACAUGUAACCAUAUCAUAGAAAGUAUUAACGACAUUUUUUUAAGAGAAAUCGAUUUAACUAAAAUUUUCAAACAAAAAUCAAAAGCAGUUACAGGACUUUUGAUUCUCUUGGGUCCAGUUUCUGGAAUUGCUAAAAAAACAACGAAAUACGAGAGAAAUGUACCAAUAUUAACUAAUUCGAUUAUUAUGAAAGAAAUGGAUAAUUUAAUUGCAUCCAACGCAAACAUUGUGUCUCUUUCAUUAUUGAUUCAGCAUGAAUUUAAACUUUAAAAGUUUCAAUACUAAUUGUAAAUUCUAAUUAUAUGAUUGAA